AUGACAUCCGCGGGGCCAUGGGGGGCCGUCCCUCAGGCACAGGGUGUCGCCCAGAUGUUCGAGAGACAAGCUGAGAAGGUCGAGGAUCACAUACCUCAGCAAAUUGAAGACAAAUUACCAUUCGGUCAAUCAAGUUCUUCUACCGCAACCGACACUUCCAGCGACCUCGACAAAGAUACCGCCGCCGAAGAAGUCACCAAGCUUGUCCGCAAGCUCACCCAACAAUCGAGCGGCGACGACGAGCUGGGGAAAUCCCUCACCGUACGGUCUGUCAAGACCGAUGGAGGCAAUUACCGGAAUCCUUUCUUAGAUGCUAGUGAUCCUACUCUCGACCCAAAAUCUGGACAGUUCAAGCCGGAAAAAUGGGUGCGGACGUUGGUCGGCCUCCAGUCCCGCGAUCCCGAGAGGUAUCCUCAGAGGGUAGCAGGAGUAUCCUACAAGAACUUGAACGUGCACGGUUUCGGUAGUCUUACGGAUUACCAAAAGACAUUCGGCAAUUAUCCUCUCGAGAUCGGCUCCAUCUUUAACAAAGUCACGGGACGAGGCAAGACGAAGAUUCAGAUAUUGCGGAACUUUGAAGGACUGGUCCGCAGUGGAGAGAUGUUGGUUGUCCUUGGUCGUCCCGGCUCCGGAUGCUCUACGCUACUCAAGACCAUAUCUGGGGAAACUCAUGGCUUCUUCAUCGAUGAAAAAUCGGAGAUCAAUUAUCAGGGAAUUCCCAAGGAAAUGAUGCAUAAGGACUUUCGGGGCGAAUGCAUGUACCAAGCCGAAGUCGACGUCCAUUUUCCCCAAUUGACUGUUGGACAAACCCUCAACUUCGCAGCACAAGCGAGGGCUCCACGCAAUCGGAUCCCAGGGGUCACUCGUAAGCAAUACGCCGAACAUAUGACGGAAGUCAUCAUGGCAGUCUUCGGCAUCUCACAUACCUACAACACCAGGGUUGGCAAUGACUUUGUCCGCGGGGUCAGCGGAGGGGAAAGGAAAAGAGUCAGUAUUGCGGAGGCGUUAAUCGGCGGCAGUCCUCUCCAGUGCUGGGAUAACAGUACCCGUGGCCUGGACAGCGCCACUGCUCUAGAAUUCGUGAAAACUUUGAGGUUGUCAACAAGCCUGGCAGGAUCGACUGCUGCAGUGGCUAUAUACCAAGCUUCCCAAAGCAUCUACGACAUAUUUGAUAAGGUGGUCGUUCUGUACGAGGGUCGCCAAAUCUACUUCGGCCACACCACCGCGGCAAAGGAGUACUUUGUAAACAUGGGCUUCCAUUGCACCGAAAGAGCUACCACCGGAGAUUUUCUCACGUCGUUGACCAAUCCAGGCGAACGAGUUGUUCGAGCGGGUUUUGAGCAUCGCGUUCCGAGGACGCCAGAUGAAUUUGCGGCCGCCUGGCAGAAUAGCGACGCCCGAGCUCGGCUUUUGCAAGAUAUCGAGAACUUCGAGCGGGAAUUCCCCUUGGGCGGCGAGCAGGUGCAGAAGUUCCAAGUCUCUCGCAAAGCAGCGCAGGCGAAGAGGCAGCGCGUCAAAUCCCCGUACACUCUCUCUUUGCCCAUGCAGGUCAAACUUUGCAUGGGUCGAGGAUUUCAGCGGCUUCGAGGAGACAUGAGUCUGUUCUUGUCCGGCGUCCUUGGCAACUCUGUCAUGGCUUUGAUAGUCGGCAGUGUCUUCUAUGACCUUCAACCCAACACCGGCAGCUUCUACUAUCGAAGCGCCUUGCUCUUUUUCGCCAUCUUGCUUAGCGCCUUCAGCAGUUUUCUCGAGAUUCUUACGCUCUAUGGGCAACGGCCAAUCGUCGAGAAGCAAAGCAAGUACGCCUUCUAUCAUCCACUGUCAGAAGCAAUUGCGGGAAUAAUCGUCGGUUUGCCUGAAAAAAUCAUCACUUCGAUCUUCUUCAACCUCACACUUUACUUCCUGACCAACCUGCGAAGGACUCCGUCGGCCUUCUUCAUCUACUACUUGUUCUCCUUCGUGGUAGCCUUGACAAUGUCCAUGGUGUUCCGCACCAUCGGAGCUCUGUCACGCACUCUCGCCCAGGCUAUGGCUCCUGCUGCCGUGUUCAUCUUGGCCUUGGUCGUUUACACUGGCUUCGUGGUUCCUGUAAUAGACAUGCAUCCUUGGUUCCGCUGGAUCAACUACUUAGAUCCAGUGGCGUACGCUUUCGAAGCCUUGAUGAUCAAUGAGUUCCACGACCGCCAAUUUGCAUGCACCAAUUUCAUACCCUCAGGUGAUGCUUACAACGGCGUUACCCCGGACCAGCGUGUGUGUAGCACUGUGGGUUCCGUUGCCGGACAAAGCUAUGUCAAUGGAGACACUUACAUCAACACCAGCUAUGCGUACUACCAUUCACAUCUGUGGAGGAAUCUCGGUAUCAUCUUCGCAAUGAUGAUAGGCUUUUGCGCCAUGUACCUAACAGCCACGGAGUUCAUCUCAUCUCAACGCUCAAAGGGUGAAGUGUUGCUGUUCCGUCGUGGUCAAACCCCUGCCAUAGCAAAGAAUGGCGACGAAGAGGGCAAUGUUGAUGAUCGCCCCACGGCUCAGGGCACUAUUGCUGAGAAGACCCUGUCAGGUGGUGAUGUCCCUCCGAGCAUUCAAAAGCAGACGGCCAUCUUCCACUGGCAAGCUGUCAAUUAUGACAUCAAGAUCAAAGGCGAACCAAGAAGGUUGCUUGACGACGUAGAUGGCUGGGUAAAGCCUGGGACUUUGACGGCCUUGAUGGGAGCUUCAGGAGCGGGCAAAACAACAUUGUUGGAUGUACUGGCCAGUCGUGUCACCAUGGGCGUUGUCAGCGGACAGAUGCUAGUCAAUGGACGUCAACGAGAUAGUGGGUUCCAGCGAAAAACCGGAUAUGUUCAGCAGCAGGAUCUUCACCUUGCCACAACUACUGUUCGCGAAGCUUUGAACUUCAGCGCUCUACUGCGACAGCCGAAAACCACACCAAGGAAGGAAAAGCUCGAAUACGUCAACGAGGUGAUUAAGGUCUUGGAAAUGGGUCCUUAUGCCGACGCCAUUGUUGGUGUUCCUGGCGAGGGACUCAACGUUGAACAGCGCAAACGCCUCACAAUCGCAGUCGAAAUGGCUGCGAAGCCUGCGUUGCUUCUGUUCCUUGACGAGCCGACUUCUGGCCUCGACUCCCAGACUGCAUGGGAUAUUUGCAAAUUGCUUCGGAAGUUGGCAAGCAAUGGCCAAGCCAUUCUAUGCACUAUUCACCAACCUUCAGCAGUCCUCUUUCAGGAAUUUGAUCGUUUGCUGUUCCUUGCAAGUGGCGGUAGGACCGUUUACUUUGGAGACAUAGGACACAGUUCGAAGACUUUGACUGACUAUUUCGAGCGCAAUGGGUCAAGGAAGUGCGGCGUUGAGGAAAACCCUGCCGAAUGGAUGUUGGAUGUCAUCGGUGCGGCUCCAGGGUCACAAAAUACGAUUGACUGGCCUCAAGAAUGGCGAGACUCGCCUGAGAAGCAGGCUAUCAGAGACACGCUGGCAGACAUGAAGCAGAGGCUCUCCAAGGAGCCAGCUGACAAGGAUCCAACAGCAUUGCGCGAAUUCGCCGAGCCUUUCAACGUUCAGCUAUACGCCGUUACCAAGCGUGUAUUCGAACAGUACUGGCGGACGCCCUCUUACCUGUACUCCAAGACUCUUCUUUGCGCGGCCUCGGGGCUCUUCAUCGGCUUCUCGUUCUGGGAUGCUGCCAUUAGUCUCCAGGGACUCCAAAACCAGCUGUUCUCCAUCUUCAUGUUGAUGACCAUUUUCGGCAAUCUAGUCCAGCAGAUAAUGCCCCACUUCGUCACCCAGCGCUCUCUUUACGAGGUCAGAGAGCGACCAUCCAAGACGUAUUCAUGGAAAGUCUUCAUGCUGUCCAACAUAAUCGUCGAGCUGCCAUGGAACACUUUGAUGGCCAUUAUCAUCUUCUUCUGUUUCUACUAUCCGAUUGGCAUGUACAAAAAUGCUAUCCCCGACCAUCAAGUCCACGAACGAGGGGGGCUGAUGUUCCUCUUUGUCUGGGUUUUCCUGCUCUUCACUUCAACCUUCACCGACAUGGUCAUAGCUGGUAUGGACUCGGCGGAGACCGCCGGCAAUGUCGCCCAGCUGCUCUUCUCUUUGACAUUGAUCUUCAGCGGUGUCCUCGCCGGUCCCACCGCUCUCCCAGGCUUCUGGAUCUUCAUGUACCGCAUAUCCCCUUUCACCUACCUAAUUGACGGCAUGCUCUCCACCGGCCUGGCCAAUAACGCCAUCGUCUGCUCCUCCAUUGAACUCGUCAAAUUUAACCCUUCCCCCGGCCAAACAUGCGGCCAAUACAUGUCCACCUAUAUAAACCAAACAGGUGGUUACCUCACCAACGACGACGCCACGGCGAAUUGCGAGUUUUGCUCCGCUGCCACCACCAAUGUCUACCUGACACAGCUCAGCUCGCAAUACUCGACCCGAUGGCGCAAUUUUGGGAUCAUGUGGGCGUACAUCAUCUUCAACGUUUUCGCCGCAUUGGGGCUGUAUUGGUAUGCUAGGGUCCCGAGGAAGCAGAAAGUUCAAGAAGAGGCGCCGGUCGAUAUGUCGAGAACGCAGACGGCGGCGUCGAGGGUCUCCAGGGUGGCGACAAACAACAAUGAGAAGUCUGCUUGA